GGAAGAAGUAGGAAGUCAGCCAACACAAGCAUAACCAUAACAGGCAGCAGACAGACAUGUGACUUAUCCACCGGAAAACCUUAUCAGUGCGGGGCAGCACGUGCCGAUAGGACAGGAACAAUGUUGAUCCAGUUACAUAAGCAGGCCUAUUUAGAUGCUCUUCGGCCAGUCGGAGUGGCCAAUUCGUGACUCAGUCGGACAAUUCAAUUCUACGAGUGUCAAUGAGCAUCACCGUCGGGGUUCUCGCCUUACAAGGCGCUUUCUACGAGCAUGUCCAGCUGCUGAAACAGGCAGCGACUGAUCUGGCAUCCUCGUCGCAAUGGGAGUUCAUCGAAGUGCGAACCCCGCCGGAGUUGGAGAGAUGCGACGCUCUGAUCCUGCCUGGUGGCGAGAGCACCACUAUGUCCCUGGUCGCCGCCCGGUCGAAUCUCCUGGAGCCGUUGAGAGAGUUUGUGAAGGUUCAUCGCAAACCGACUUGGGGCACCUGCGCUGGUCUGAUCCUGCUCGCCGAGUCUGCUAAUCGGACGAAGAAAGGAGGCCAGGAACUGAUUGGUGGUCUUGAUGUGCGCGUGAAUCGGAACCAUUUCGGCCGGCAGACAGAGAGUUUCCAAGCACCGUUGGAUCUCCCGUUCUUGGAUCCUUCGGGUCCUCAAUCCUCUUUCCCGGCCGUCUUCAUCCGUGCGCCGGUGGUAGAGAAGAUUCUACCGCACCAGGAAGGCGUGCAGGUGGACGAAAUCCAGCGAGACGAAACGGUGGUAGCACCUUCGAAGCACGCCAAGGAUGCUGCAGCUCGAGACGCAGUGGCCACCGAUGUUGAGAUCUUGGCCACUCUUCCGGGCAGAGCUGCCAAGUUGGCCAGCGAGGGCAGAAACAUCGAUGCAGAAAAGGAGGCCGGAGAUAUCAUCGCUGUCCGACAGGGCAACGUCUUCGGAACGAGCUUCCAUCCCGAGCUCACCGGCGAUGCCAGAAUCCAUUCAUGGUGGCUGCGCCAAGUGGAGGAUUCCAUCCGGCGUCGACACAAGUUAGAACAGUGUUAAUACCCUGCAUUUACUCUUUGCACGAGUUGUGCAUCUGGGAGACGUUGAGCGGUCUGGAUUAAGCUUUUGUUUGAUGCGCCAAUUGUUUGAUAGAAUAGAUAUGAUGCAAACGCCGUACAUGCGCCACUUGAAAUAGAAAG